AAAGUAGUUAACAAACUUUCAUAAAUUCUUGGAGAUGCUGUGAUCUUGACUUUAGAAUUCACUGGCUGUUAAAGAGUUUAUUGGAAGAAACGAUGGAUACCCGAUUCACCAAGGGAAAGUCUGCCAUUCUUGAGCGCUCGCUGACCCGGCCGAAAACCGAGGUCAGUUUGAGCGCUUUCGCCUUGCUGUUCUCUGAGAUGGUGCAGUACUGUCAGAGCCGAGUCUAUUCAGUGUCCGAGCUGCAGGCGCGUCUCGCGGACAUGGGUCAGAGUGUGGGCGCCAGCAUGCUCGAUGUCUUGGUGCUACGCGAGAAAAACGGCAAGAGAGAGACCAAAGUACUCAACAUCUUGCUCUUUAUCAAGGUAUCUGUGUGGAAAGCUCUAUUUGGAAAGGAGGCUGACAAGCUGGAGCAGGCCAAUGAUGAUGACAAGACCUACUAUAUAAUUGAGAAGGAGCCACUCAUCAACGCCUACAUCUCUGUUCCCAAAGAGAACAGCACACUGAACUGUGCCGCCUUCACAGCUGGCAUUGUGGAGGCCAUCCUGACCCACAGUGGCUUUCCCGCCAAGGUCACUGCACACUGGCACAAGGGGACCACGCUGAUGAUCAAGUUUGACGAAUCAGUCAUUGCCCGUGACAAAGCUCUGGAUAGCAGAUAGAGCAUGUGAUGCUGGAGUCACUGGAUUGGCUCAUUUGUAUAUUCUCAGUGGUGAAUAAAUACCUGAGAGACGGAAUGUGUUGUUAUGCAACACUCCACUGACUGACUGACUUGUGUGACUGAAAGAUGAGUAAUGAAUGACUGCGUAGGAGGUCUAUUUUGGGAUGGAUGCUCUUUUCUGUUUCUGUUUGUCAAAAAUCACUCAUUCCUUCCAAUACAUAUGCAUGACUUGUUUUGGUCAGACGCUGUGUGGAUCGAUGAACGCUGUUAACAAAAUGUUUUUGGAACUUUUAUCUGUUGAUGUUGGAUAUGAGUGGUCUGGGAGUGUGCAUCUUAAGUUAUACUAGUUCUGAAUAUAAGAAUGGCUUACCAUUUUGUAGAUAUGUUUUUGUUUCAUAUGAGUGUUACAGUAAGGUAAAUGUAGCUACACAACUGCUAAACUGUUGGUUUUUUUCUCAUUCCAUCAAAAUUAUAUCAUGAUACUAUGAAUGACUCUGGAACUGGACUCUUAGAACUGUCAAUAGAGCUGUCAACAUCUGUCAUGUUUAAUGUAUUUGACCCAGGGGGCCUGUGUUAAAAAGUCUUGCCUAACUCCCCCCAUUACUAUGUAAGUAUUUGUAAGAAGUAGGCUAAUGUGGGGGAAGUAUAAACAGUUUUCUUGGUGGUUGCUAAUAAUAAACAGUAAUAAAACAAUUUGUUUCAGA